GUUAAAGGGCAUUUAAUGCUUUGACUUGAGUGAAUCUACUUUUACCAGUGAAUUGCCUGUGAUUAGGGUUGUCGCAAUUUUGACUCACUAAUCAUUCGUUUACCAGAACCAAAUACCAUUCCUUCGCUAGCAGCGCAAUCAUGAAGAACAGUGGCAAGCUGAGGGGUAAAACCUUAUUCAUUACCGGCGCAUCCAGGGGAAUCGGCAAGGCGAUAGCCCUGAAGGCGGCUCGCGAUGGGGCGAACAUAGUGAUCGCAGCCAAGACGGCGGAGGCACAUCCCAAGCUACCUGGAACCAUCUAUACGGCGGCUGAAGAGAUCGAGCGGGCUGGCGGGCGGGCGUUGGCCUGCGUUGUCGAUGUGCGCGAUGAGAAGCAAGUGCAGCAGGCUGUGGCGGCAGCGGUGGCCAAGUUCGGAGGCAUCGAUAUUGUCAUCAACAAUGCCAGUGCCAUAUCCAUCACCCCCACCCUCGACACGGACAUGAAGCGCUACGACCUGAUGCAGAACAUCAACACUAGGGGGACGUUUCUAGUAUCGAAGACCUGCUUGCCGCACCUGCUGAAGAGCGACAAUCCGCACAUACUGAACCUGUCGCCCCCGCUCAACAUGAAGCCGAAGUGGUUCGGAAAUCACGUUGCCUACACGAUUGCCAAGUACGGAAUGUCCAUGUGUGUUCUCGGGAUGUCGGAGGAGUUCCGUCAUCAAGGCGUGGCGGUAAACGCGCUGUGGCCGCGCACAACCGUUCACACGGCGGCGGUGGAGAUGCUCAGUGGUCCAGAGGGGGCUUUGUAUUCCCGCAAACCCGACAUAAUGGCCGAUGCUGCCUAUGCAAUUAUUAGUCGCGAUGCCAAGGACUACACUGGACAUUUCUUUAUUGACGAUGAGGUUUUGCUGGAUGUUGGAGUGAAGGAUCUUGCAAAAUAUGCCUGCUAUCCGGAGAAUUUGCAUAAGCUCGCUACGGAUAUUUUCUUGGACGAUACAGGGCCUUUCGCUAAAUUGUAGAUUGCAAAUAUUUUAAUGUUU